UGCAGCCUCUGAGGAGGUUGGUGGAAAAAUGCAGCGCUCCAUCUGGCUGCUCUACCUAUCGGUACUUUUCACUAGCGAUGGCGGAGUCCUGGCGAAUGUUCCCACCUCCGAGGGAAUCUUACCCACCGAUCCGGCAUAUUUCAACGAUAAUGGAGUUUUGGUUCUAAAUCCAACUAACAACUUGCAGAACGAGAAUGAGGCUGCGAUCACUCAAUACAAGGAGUAUCUGGAUAAUUCAGCAAAGGAAAUACUAAUCGCUUUACCAAACACUCACAAGAAGAAAAGGGAACAGGGUCUGCUGGAAGCACUGGCAUUUCUAACUGGCUUGAGGCAGAGCAUUUCCCCGUUGGGAGAAAGUCUCGGGAAAAUCAAGGGACAGCAGGCGGAAUUGGUUUCGAAACUUAAACACCAGGAGGAAUGGAAAUUUUGGGCCGCAGCCAAAGUUCAGCAGGUGGGGGAGUCCACUGAAGGUGUUAGAACAGCCGAAGCUGUUUCCAUCACCGAGGAGUUUAACAAUCGCUACCUUCUUCGAUUGCGCAAUUGUGUUGGUGACUUUCUCUGGGCUCAGAUUCGAUUUAAUCUGGACUUGAAGAGGUCACUCGAUGGCUUGCAAUUGCCAACAAGACAGGUGAUCGAAGCCACUGAAAGGUGUCCCAGUAUCAAGGCCAAAAAAUGCCGCAAGGGCAUUAGAAGAGCUAUCGAUGGCGUUCGGGAUGCUCCUCAGGACCUCCAUAGCCUGUGGAUUGAGUCCACUCAGUUGGAGGACAACCAAAGGCAAAGCAACCAGUGCUUGGUAAAAACUCUAGAGGAAUAUUCCGAGGAGCGGCUCGAAGUGGAAAGACAGCUGAAGGACAUUAUAGAGGAUUAUCGUGAGAGUAUGCCAGCCGGCAAAUAG